GCCAGAGCCUCAUCACAUUAGCGAUCACAGAGCUUUAUGAUCAUGAAGAAGAGAGAGAAUGAGUCUUUAUCGUCCAGCCUCAAAGAGACCAAAGAAGCCUGGGGAGCCGCAGAGGCAGAAAAUCCCUCCCUCAACACCUGUGAUGUAUCCUUGACGUCCGUCUACAGCCUCACUGACGAUGCGGGCUACCAAGGGAGCCAGGAGCUGACCGGCGAGGAAGACCCCGGCCGCGCUCGGUGUCCGCGGCGGAAGCGCGGCAAGGUCGCCGCCGUGCGGCUGAGGAGGGACGCGGUGACGGGCGAGGGCGAGGACGAGGAGGACGCGGACGCCGAGAACGCGGGGCCGCCCCGGGCCGCGCCGUCCCCACGGGUGUGGCGGAAGCGCCGCUCGUCGUCGCGGACGCGGGCCCCGCGGCAGGAGCCCCCCCGCGCCCUGGGAAGCCGCCUGAGCACGUUCGCGGCCGAGACCAAGUCGUCCGGCCGGAGCCUGGCCCGCUUCCGCCACUACCUGUGCGGCUGCUGCGACCUGCGGCGGCGGCGGGGGGCGGACCCCGAGGCGGAGGCGGCGGGGGGCGCCGGGGGCCAGGCCGAGCCCCCCGGGGCGGCCUCGGGCAGCUGCCCCGCCGACGAGCACCGCACGCAAGGCGCUGCGGGGGGCGCGCCCGGGGACCAGGAGGACGGACAGGAUCACCCCGCGCCCGUGUAA